AUCACAUGUCCGUGGGUAAACACCACCCACUAAAGCAGGAAGAACUGGCUAGACUAGCGCCAUCAAGUCGGACGAGAUCUUUCACUUCUCUUGACCAAUUUGUGCGUUUGCAUUUAGCUAGCUGCAUAUCUAGACAGACAAGUAGCUUCAAAUUUCCUGAAAAGAUGAGCGAUAAUGAGAAAGAUUACAACGGCGAGCGGGAGUCCCGCUCCCCAUCCAGGAGUCUGAGUGCUCAUGGGUCUGGGAAGUCGGUCAGCCGCUCCCCAGCCCAUUCCCCGGCCCACUCCAAGGAUGACUCCCAUCACUCCGGCUCCAAGUCCCGCUCUCGCUCCAGGUCCAAGUCUGGGUCUCGUAGGUCACAUCGGAGCUCUCGCAGGCACUACAGCCGUUCUCGCUCGCGCUCUCACUCCCGCCGCCGGCGCUCCCGUUCCUACAGUGGGGAGUACCGGAGGAGGCGGAGCCACAGCCAUUCGCCCAUGUCCAACCGCCGCCGUCACCUUGGCAACAGGGCGAACCCUGACCCCAACUGUUGUCUUGGCGUGUUUGGUCUGAGCCUGUACACGACGGAGAGAGAUCUGAGAGAGGUAUUCUCUAAGUAUGGCCCCCUGACUGAUGUCAGCAUCGUUUAUGACCAGCAGUCACGGCGAUCUCGUGGCUUCGCCUUCGUCUACUUCGAUAACCGAGAGGACGCCAAAGAAGCGAAGGAACGUGCCAAUGGGAUGGAGCUGGAUGGCAGGAGAAUUAGGGUGGAUUUCUCCAUCACCAAGCGGCCUCACACCCCCACCCCUGGGAUAUACAUGGGUCGCCCUACAUAUGGCGGCGGCGGUCCUAGUGGAGGCCCGAGUGCUCGGCGGUCAUCCCGGGACUACGACCGGGGCUACGACCGAGGAUACGACCGGGGCUACGAUCGCUAUGAUGAAAGGGACUACUAUCGUUCUUACGGCAGGAAAAGGUCUCCAUCUCCCUACUACAACAGAGGAGCCUACAGGUCUAGAUCGCGGUCUAGAUCCUACUCUCCGCGUCGUUAUUGAACAGAAUAUCAGAAUGGUACAGAAUCCAGGAAGUGAGUUUGGUUGAUUUCAAAAGACUUUUGGCCUCUUCAUCGUUGUAUGUUUUGUUAUUGCAGUAUGAAAAGCCCUUGUAGUAUAUUCGAUUAUGCAGUUUUUGUUAGGCGACUGGAUUUAAAAACUCUUGUCACUCAUGUUUGAUUUGUAAAUUGAUGGUGGGCAUUAUGUACCUAUUUGUUUUGUAAACAAAAGCCUUUCCAGAGACAUGUUGUUACAGAGAAUAUAGUUUGUAUGUGUUUUAGCCCAGCAGUUGCUCUACAAUAAACAAACUGUUUCUUUCAUCA